CAUUGUCAUUAUGUCUAUGCCAUGCACAUCUUGUUAGCCUCACAGGAGAGUAGAGGAGAGGGUCCCUGCCCCCACAGCACUUUAUAAACUCCUACCUAACGAGAACAAUCUGUGUGAAGGCCGCAGAGCUCAGACACUCACUGGGAGGCUGAAGGGGGAGGAGAACAGUGGAGAGGCACUAUCCAGACAAACCUCCAGCCUGAAAUCUGAAACUACAGAAGUGGCGUGGCUCGCCGAGCAUUUGCAACUCUUUGCCGUGCUGUCUGUCCCUCACAGUUUAUUUUUUCCAGACCGGUUUCACACAUCAUCCCUCAGAGGGGAUUCCAACAGAGAGACUUCUCCUGCCACAGUGGGUGAUCCUGAGGGGAAACCAUGCUCCCGAUGGCCCUUCAUCUAUUCGGUCUCUGCGUGGUGUUUUGCAUCAGCAGCAGCUUGGCCAACCCAUUAACUUUUUACAGUCCUCUAGAAGGAAGUACAGAUGAGGAAGAAAUCAGUAUCUUAACUUCCUCUCUGCCCACUGACAACCUUUCCUCUGAGUAUCAAACCACUGGCCACCUUUCCUCUGAGUACCAGACCACACCUGUUGGCCCCGUCCAUGUGGAAACUGACUUUCUGACUCAAGCGGUGGACUUUCUGCUGCAGAACAUGCUCCUUAUACUUGUCGGAGGCUCCUUCGUCCUUCUUGUCCUCCUCAUUAUUUGUGGAGCAAUCAUAAUGAGCCGCAAGCGCAAAGUCAAUGCCUACUAUCCGUCCGCCUUCCCCUCAAAAAUGUACGUGGACCACAUGGACAAAACCGGAGGAGCUAAGAUCUUUGAUGAAGUGCCAGAAAAACCCGUACCUGAGCAGGAAAAUGAGCCAGUGGACUCUCACAAGCAGCUCCAGGCAGACAUCAUGAUGGCUGCCAAGAGGCUGCGUACACCAAAUAAAGGUGUCGAUGCUGCUGAGGGAGGAGACCCCAGUGAGAAAGUAGCAGACCAGAGUCCUGAGGACAGCUCUCAGGCAGAUGGCAGUAUCCUGGAGGAGCUGCUUCCAACUCUCCCCGAGGAGAAGGAGCUGUGUGAGCUUUCUGACAGUGAAGCAGCUGCAGGAGGAGGCCCUGAGACGAAUCCUCCAGAAGAAGAUCCACAGGAGCCUUUGACUGCCAGGAGUCUCCGGCCGUCCUCUAUGAUUAUCCACAAUGACUCGGCUUCACUUCAGCUGAUCGCAGGAGAGAAAACUGCCUUCUGAAUAUUCUGAAAACUGACAUUAAAGCUUUGACUCCAGGAAUGACAAUCACUCAACUUAAAACACAUUUCAAUCAGCCAUUUUUGCAUGUUAAUAUUAAGUGUUGCUUUGCUCAGAAAAUUAUUUCCUGCAAUAUGCCAAACAUGACUCUCAAAACUACAUCAAAAUCUGGUUCAGCACGUGUGUAAUAACUUCAAUGUACGUCCUAAAUAUUAUGUACUUCUGCAAAAGUAUUGACAGAUCAGUACAUACAUGUUUAAAAUGAGACCGGUAAAGAAAACCACUUCCCAAAAAGAGGUUUUGGUGAUACUUUUAUUGCAGACUGUCAAGGAAGGAUUGCUAAACAACCAUAAAUAACACUUAAAACAAA